AUGCAACGCCACCGGUGCGACGAUCCGGAUUUGAAGCCGCACACGCGCUCAACCUUUAAAGGCACAUCUCCGCAAUGGACGCUGGCGCCGUGCCAGAUAGCGCAUCGGAACCUAGCAUAUUUUAUACAUAUAGUGUCCAUUGGAGCCCAAUGGGCAAACCCCAAAAUCAGGACUGUCCAAAGGCUGGGGCUAAGGAGUAAGCACGUCUCCACAGAGACGCCGGUACAGGGCAUGGGAAGGUUCCUU